AUGGACUCUGUGGACAUCUGCGCGGCCACUUCGACGGCAGAUAACGACAAACGCCGCGUGCGCAAGAAGGAGGACAGAGAUUGGCUGAAGCGCCUCCAGCUCAGGAAGGCCUCGCUCCAGCCCCCCGCCAUGCGCAGCGCUGAUAAGCAGGGACCAAAGAAGAUAGCAGGCAGCACAACGUGGCCUUCUUCACACAAACUACAAAGCCAGGAAGCGCCGCAGAGGACAAUACCCGGCGCCCACACGCUCAGGUUUAGGUGCUCGCAAUGCACGGACAAUACCGAACGCGCCCCCAAAGACUUGCUCAAGCAUUUUGACGAAAAGCACAAAGGUUGCCCGCCUGUGUUUUCGUGUCAAUCGUGUAAAUUUACCACACAUGAAUUCUCCUAUCUCCAAGUCCACGUCUUGAGCCACAAAGACACGUUUUCCUGCUGCAGCCUUUGCAACGACGAUAUCCCGCGAUCGUGGGCGGAGUUUAGUGCGCACUUGUCUCUAGUUCACGCUCGCAACGGGAAAUACCUGUGCGAAGUCUGCGAGAAGUUCUCCACGCCGAACGAUAAGGAGUUUUUGGAGCAUGUCCUGCUUCAUAGUCUCGGCCUGGACAUGAAAACGGACCAGAAAUUGAGCACUACGGCAUGUGUUUGUCAGUUCUGCGGCUACGAAGCGUCGCAAAAGGUUAUUCUUACAAACCAUAUGAAGGCCGCGCAUCGUAAUCUGAACGUUUUUCCGAUGAACGAGGCAAAAACCAAGCCGAGAAUAACUAGAAGCGCGGUUAAAGACCUGCAUUGGUUGACACAGGACUGCUUAUCGCUUCCAGGUAGAGACUUUUUGAACACGUUUUGUCACUUAUCGGACGCGCAAACAACGCUAGAAGACACGCAGCAGUUUUUAAUGAGUGCGGGAAAGCAACACUGGAGCAAAGCGCUGAAAAAUGUGCUGUCGAACGUCCCACAAGACGUGAAACUUCAGUCUAAAAUGGAGUUUCCUGCUCUUCCAGAUAGCAGCCAAGACGUUCUGAUGGUGAAGAACAAAAUCAAUCAAAAUGGCGGUAGCUUCGCAAUCAGGUUAAAACGCACGACCGAGAAGCAAGUGGAGAAUACGAGCGCGGACUCUUGCGGGGUCGUGAGCGACACUUGCUUGAAUGAUUGUUUACAAAUGCAAGAAGGCAAGCUAAGACGGGACACAUUAAUGGCCGUAGAAUCUACGCACGGAGCGCAGGCAGAAGAAAACCGAGAGAAUCAAAAACGGCAAAAUGGUGCUACUCCAAAGGAACUGAAAGCAGAGCAGAGGAAGGCAAUCCGCAAAGCUGCACCCAAAAAGAAACGUAAAAACAUGCGGUGGAAGAACGCCAAGAGAAGUACCAAGAAAGACAAGCUCAAAGUGGCGCUAGCUCUGAAGAUAGUUCUCAAGAAAAAUCCCAAAAAAGGAAAACGCUGGGUGACGCAAGCUUCUAAAUGUAGCUCAAUAAUAGAAAAUAUGAAAAAUAAUAAAAUCACGAAACAGGAAGUGCAGUUUGGAGGUUGUGGUACUACAAACAUGGCGGAAAAGCGGACAGAGGAACUCCAAGAUGGCGGACGUUCACUGGGAGAGUUGGAGAGUGUUUUGGCAGAUGGGACAAAGGCAGUGGAUCUGGGAGGAUGGAAUGAUGUGUGGAUGGAGGCGUGUCCUCUGGCCUCCUCUGUCAUUACGCCUCAGACUGAGACUCCACCUCCCUCCAGUCCUCCUCCUCCUCCAGCCGCAGACUUCAUCAGACCCGCAGAGUCUCCGGUCGCCCCUGUCCCGUUCCACUGCUGGUCCCCGGUCCCCAAAAGCCUGGAGCGAACCCUGAACCUAGUGGCCAUCAACGCCAAGCAGCCGGUGAAGCGCCCGGCGGGGGAGCAGCCGGUGGUGGUCCUCAAUCACCCGGACGCCGACAUCCCAGCGGUGACGGAGAUCAUGCGAGUCGUGAGCAAACACAAAGGAGAGGUGCGAAAAGUCCUACUGUCUAAACGGACCCUGAACGCACUCUCGGACCGGGACGUGGUAACGGCGGACAGCAACGCGGCGUCAAAAGGCAGCGUCCGCGAGAGGUUUCUGUUGAAGCUAAAGCUGCGGAGGUUGAGCAAGAGGAAGUUCGAAGUGGUCGAGGCAGACGCGGCUCCGGAGAAACAGGAAAAUGGCGAGUUCAGCUGCUGGUUCUGCGGACGAGCGUUUGGGGAUAAAGAGGCCUGGGUCGUGCACAGACAGCGCCACCUAAUGGAGUGGGGGAAACUGUGA